AUGGACACAAUAGAGACCAGCAAUCUGAACCGCCAGUUUCUGUUCCGGAGGAGACAUGUCGGGGAAAGCAAGGCCAAGGUUGCUGCUGACUCUGUGCGCGCAUUUCGCCCCAAUGCCAAGAUUAUUGCGCACCAGGGAAACGUCAAGGAAAGCAAGUUUGACAAGGACUUCUUCAAGAAGUUCUCGUUGGUGCUGAACGGGCUUGACAAUGUGGAGGCCAGGCGGCAUGUCAACAGGCUCUGCCUGUCAGCUGGUGUUCCCCUCAUCGAGUCUGGCACCGAGGGCUACCUUGGUCAGGUGACAGUUCAUUACAGGCUCAAGAAUGCAGCCGGAGAGGCGACGCAUGUGACAGAGUGCUUUGAGUGCGCGCCAAAACAGUCGCGCAACAAGACUUACCCAGUAUGCACCAUCCGGAACACUCCGGACAAGCCCAUCCACUGCAUUGUCUGGGCCAAGGAGUUGCUCUUUGCCCGGCUAUUCGGCAGGCCAGACCAGGUGACGGAUCUCGAUGAAAACGACAACAAGGAGGGGGAAGAGGGCGAGAAGGAGGAAGGGCCGUCAGUGUUCUUGCGCCGGGACGGUGAAUCAGCCGAUGCAUAUGCUGCGCGCAUCUUCUGCCGUGUAUUUACUGAGGACAUUGAGAAUGUGCUGACGAUGGAGGACCUUUGGAAGAACAGGGAUUCUCCAAAGCCGCUACAGCUGAACAGCAUUCUGGCCCAGAACAAUUUUGCUCCGAGAGACUCUAGCGAUGAUGUAUCAAACGGCAAUACUGCAGCGCACAGCAAUGGCAGCGCGCAGGCGACAGGAGACAGUGCAUGCAAGGCUCUGGGCCUGACAGAUGCUCACCGGGUCUGGACAUUGAGAGAAAACGCUCAGGUGUUCCUGGAGAGCAUCAGGCAGUUUCUGGAGGGACGUCCAAAUGAGGUGGGCGAGGCAGUGUUUGACAAGGAGGACGACCUGGCGGGCAUGGCGGGCAAUAUCAUUCAUGCCAUUGCCACCACAAACGCCAUUGUGGGGGGCCUGAUUGUCAUCGAGGCCAUGAAGCUGUUGGCCAACGCUCCUGAACACUCCAAGGCCACGUUCAUCCUGAAGCACAUCACCAACCCAAAGAUGAAGCGCCUGCUGAACGCGGUGGCACCGGGGGAGCCGUCCCCAAAGUGUGCUGCGUGCGGCACCGCGCGACUGGAGCUUGUGCUCAAGAAGAGGCUGUCCCUGGUGGAGCCGACAGUGCGCACAGACGGCGGGUUUGAGUAUGAGGAGGGCGAGGGGCUGGACGACGAUGAGGUGGCGGCCAACAGGGCCAAGCUGCCGCUGGCGCUCAGUGCGCUGCCCGGGGGCGGCCUGGGGCAGGGGGUGACCGCCCACGUGGAAGACCAGGUGCAGGAGUUCAAGGUGGCCAUCGAAAUCACCCACAAGGAUGACUGGGACGAGGAAGCACACCCAGAGGGCUUCAUCCUGGGUGGAGCGGUGCCGCCGCCUGCACCGGCCGCCAAUGGAGAUCAGUCUGAAGCAGGCCCAUCUGCAGCUGCAGCCAGCGACGGAGACGACGAUGAUCUGGUCAUUGUGGAGGCGCCAGACUUGGCGCAGCGGCAGCGGGACGCCAAGGGCAAGCAGAAGCGUGAGGCUGAUGACGAUGAAGCUCCCAGGAAGCGGCAGAGGACACUGCACGAGUCAGAUGAUGUUGUUCCACCAAUCCUGGAGAAUGGGCCAACUGAGCAUCCGAAUGUUUUGCAAAAGCACAUGAACGGCAAGCAGACAAUGUCGAAGAAGCAAAUUGCCAUGUGCCUUAAUCUGCGCGAUGUGGGGGCGGCUGCGCCGGAAAAUCUGCGCACUCGGACACUGUUUCGGUCCUCUGAACUCCUGAGCGGCACGGACAUGGAGCGGUAUGGGAUAAAGACAAUUCUGGACCUGAGGCGCAUGGACAGGCCCUGCAAGAAGAAAGGGAAGAAGACUGAGAAGCUGAAACUUGCCGGCAGAUACAUGAGGAAGGGGCCCAAAAUGAUGAUGUCAGAGCGGCUGAAGCCGUACGCUGCGCGCGGGCAGCCGCAUCCAUGUGAGAUGUGCCGGCAGCGCAUAAAAGAUAAGCUGGACUUCGAGCCCGGCUCAGUAGUCCAUGCUGAUCUCAUUCCCUCCCUGGUCGGCCUGCGCAUCUUCCAGGCCAUGCCCCCUCGCGUGCGCGCAAAGACUGUCUUCGCUGCGCUCUCUGGCAAAGGUGCUGCUUCUGUGAUGGCGCCUGCGGUGGCGAAUCCGCUUUACAUGGGGUACAAAGCGCUGUACAAGACAAUUCUGGAGGACUCCAAGCGGGGCAUUGCCAAAGCCAUGCGCGUGUUCACCGACAAGGACAACCUCCCAGUGCUCAUCCACUGCAUCCAUGGGAAGGACAGGACAGGGAUCAUCGUCAUGCUCCUCCUGCUUCUCUGCGAUGUGGAUCCCAAGGUGAUUGUGGAUGACUAUGUGAGGUCUGAAGCCGUCCUGAAGGAGAGCCGCCUGCACCAGGAGCUCGAUCUUGAUGUGUACCUGACCCAGGACAGUGUUAUUGCCGCCACGCAUGACACCAUGGAGGACACCAUUAAAUAUCUGCUUGACAAAUACGGCUCCGUCGCGAAAUAUCUGCAUGAGGUGGGGCUGGAGGAUUGGGAGCUGUCGCGGAUCCGGGUGAACCUUCUGCAGCAGGCGGGCGCGCACGAUCUGCUGGAGCGGCUCUCGAUGCUCUCGCCGCUGCCGGGCCACUCCGGCGGCGAGCGCAGCAGCAACUUCCAAAAGAUGUUCUCCAAGCGCGCCGCGCGCACCUCGCCCUCCCUGCAGAGGGGGAGGUCGCUUCCGGAGGGGCAGAAGCUGCCGGAGCAGGCGGACGUUCUGGGCACACUCCACAGCGGCCCCAACGCCGACGGCGCAAGCCCGCGGCUGGCCGCCUCAUCGGCGCCGCCGAUCGUGGACCGCACGGCUGCGCACCCGCACCACUACUCGCACGCCAAAGCGCUCGUCAGCUCCGCGUCUAACAGGGCCGAGACACCGCUGCGCAAUGGGCUGCCUGAUGACAGCAGGGAAACCACCUCUGUCGGCGCAGAUCCUGAGGCCCGCGAGGUGGACAACACAGCAUCCGCCUGGGCGCAGCUGGUUGAGGGAACCAAAGGCCCAGAAUUUGGCAAUGUGGCCAGCAGCAGUGAUGGCAGUGCGCAGCAUGCUUGA